CUGACCAGGGAAUAGGAUGCUCUCACUGGCCAGGCCUGACUGAUACACGGCCGCCUGUGCCUGGGGGUUAGAGUCAGUGUCUCUGGAAGCUGGUGGACUGAGACUGGGGAGUUCAUUAAAUCUGGUAAGAGACUCCACUACAUUCUUUGAAGAAGGAUAAGAUUGGCACUGCUUCGCUUCUUUCUUUACCGAAGUCUCUUCCUCCCGGACUGAGCUUUGCUGUAUCUUCCUUACAGCAUAUGACACACGGAAUUUCCCUUUCCUAAAAUGGAGCCAAGUAAAAAGAUGGACUCCGCCGGCACCCUGCAGACUAACCCACCGCUAAAGCUGCACCCUGAGCGCGGCGCCGGGACAUCCAUCUUCGUCCCUGAACAAGGAGGCUACAAAGAAAGGUUUGUGAAGACCGUGGAGGACAAGUACAAGUGUGAGAAGUGCCGCCUGGUGCUGUGUAACCCGAAGCAGACGGAGUGCGGACACCGGUUCUGCGAGACCUGCAUGGCUGCCUUGCUGAGCUCCUCAAGGCCAAAAUGUACUGCGUGUCAAGAAGGCAUCAUUAAAGAUAAGGUGUUUAAGGAUAAUUGCUGCAAGAGAGAGAUCCUCGCUCUUCAGAUCUACUGCAGAAAUGAAGGUGGAGGUUGCACAGAGCAAUUGGCACUGGGACACCUGCUGGUGCAUUUAAAGAACGAUUGCCAGUUUGAAGAGCUUUCGUGCGUCCGUGCUGACUGCAAAGAAAAAGUGUUGCGAAGAGACCUGCGUGACCACGUGGAAAAGGCCUGCAAGUACCGAGAGGCCACGUGCAGCCACUGCAAAAGUCAGGUCCCGAUGAUCACGCUGCAGAAACACGAAGACACUGAGUGUCCCUGUGUGGUGGUGUCCUGCCCCCAUAAGUGCAGUGUCCAGACCCUUCUGAGGAGUGAGUUGAGUGCACACUUGUCAGAGUGUGUCAAUGCCCCCAGCACCUGUAGUUUUAAGCGCUAUGGCUGCGUUUUUCAGGGGACAAACCAGCAGAUUAAGGCCCAUGAGGCCAGCUCCGCGGUGCAGCAUGUCAACUUACUGAAAGAGUGGAGUAACUCUCUAGAGAAAAAGAAAAAGUCUGCCAACACCCAAUCUGGAAGGUGA